AUGCAUUUUGCGAAAAUAGUUAUUAUACUGCUAACAGUACUGGAAAGCAGCUCGGCAUUAUACAUCAAAAGGGUAGAGAAAGGGCCAGAAGCUGCCAGAAGAGCUGGAGGCAGCGCAAAGGGGCGGAAAGAUGAGUGGGGGGUCUUCCAGAGCACCCUCGGACUGUCACAAGAAAAAAUCGAUCUUCUGAAAUCACAAAAGGACCAACAAGGAACAAAAGAGUUACUGAACCGCUUUAUUAUGGAAAACUCGAAAAUGUUGAUGCCUCAAAAAUCGAAGCAUAGUGACGAGUUUACGAGUCUCUACCGAUCCUUGCUUAAAAAGCUAACAGCUUCAAAGGGUAUGCUCAAAACCUCGCUGAACUUCGAGCUGAACGAUGACGACAAGCCUCUCAAACAAAAGAAGAGACCUCGCCGAAAAAUUGCCAUCAAGAUGGUCUCCGACAUGCCCUCCCAGAAUGUUGACUACUUAUUGAAAAUGUUCUAUCAGAAGCACAAUAUUCGUUCUGAUUAUGACGACCGAGAUGCCCAGAAUGAAGUGGAUUACGACAAGCAAGAGCCUGCUUCAGCGGACCCUGAUAAGGACACUGAAUAUGACUUUGACAAUCUUUACGAUGAUGAGGGCGAUGUUGGCCUCACAGCUAAAUCACGUCAAAGCUCGGAGUAUGGAUCCUUCCAAGAUCUCAUUUUGCAAUCUAAAUUGAUCGAGUGGCAGCGUGAGACUGAGGAAACCAAGCUACAUAGCUCCAACAAUGACCACUUCAUUUGAAAUAUUCAGGUAUUUGCACAAGUUGUGUGACUUGAGGGCAGUGGGCGCUGCAAUAGGGGUUCAUGUGCUGGCAUGUGAAUAUAUGUGAGGACUGAAGCAAGGAAACUCUCACAGAA